ACGGGCAUAUUGCGGUAGUGGAGCUGCUGAUUCAACAUGGCGCUGAUGUGGAGGCGAGAGACAAGUAUGGCAAUACAGCACUCCAUAGGGCCAGCAUGUACGGGCAGACUGAGAUAGUGAAGCUGCUGAUUCAACAUGGCACUGAUGUGAACAAGACUGACAUAACCGCACUCCAUCUGGCCAGUGAGGCUGGGAAGACUGGGGUAUCGGAGCUGCUGGUACAACAUGACGCUUAUGUGGAGGCGAGGAACAAGGAUGGCAGGACCGCACUCCAUCUGGCCAGCGGGAACGGGAAGACUGAGAUAGUGAAGCUGCUGAUUCAACAUGGCGCUGAUGUUGAGGCGAGGGACAAGGAUGGCUGGACUGUACUCCAUGUGGCCAGCAGGUUCGAGAGUACUCGUGUAGUGGGGCUGCUGAUUCAAUAUGGCGCUGAUGUACAGGCGAGGGACGAGGUUUCCCGUGUGUUUACACAGUACGGAAAGACCGUACUUCAUGUGGCCGUCGGGAAUUGGAGGACUGGGGUAGCGAAGCUGCUGAUUCAACAUGGCGCUGAUGUGGAGGCGAAGGACAAGGAUGGGAGAACACCACUGGACUACGUGCAUAACCAACGCCACCGACUUUUCCUAAAGAAACUGGCUACUGAGGUGGCUGUCCAGGUUUCCUACCACAAACUGAUGAAACAAUCCGGCGGGGAGAAAGUCGACAGGGUUAAACUGUGCUUCUGUGGACCACAGGAAGCUGGCAAAUCCACUCUGGUGGAAAGUCUGCAAACGGGAUCUUUCACUGCCUUCUUCCGGGAUCGGAUGACUCCAGAAGAUCAGCCACACGAGCCCACCCCGGGUGUGAAUGUGGGAACAACCAACAUUCCCGGUGUGGGGCAGGUCAGUGUGUGGGACUUCGCUGGACAGUCGGAGUACGCGGUAACCCACAGCAUGUUCAUGGAUGCAGAGAACACCAUCUUCACCGUGCUGUACAACAUCAUGGACGACUUAAAAAAGCAGAAGAGAGAGGUCCACUGGUGGCUGUGUUUCAUCAAGUCCUGCAACACAAAGAGUAAACCUCACGUCAUCCUAGUGGCCAGUCAUGCCGAUCAGACUAACACAGGUCAUCAACAAGCAUCUUCCAUCCUUGAGUUGAUGACGUCAGAGUUCAAGGAUCACCUGAACAUCUCAGACGAAGUGUUUCUCCUUGACUGCAGGAAGACACGUAAAACUGACAUGAGGCGCCUUAAAGACCUUCUGACAAGACUGAAGACCGAGCUUCUGGAUCAUCAGCGAGCCAUUCCCAAAUUGUGUGCUGAGAUCAUCAAGUGCCUCCCAAAAUGGGCCAAGGAGAAAUGCAGCCCGAAGUGUCCUGUCUUGAAAUGGGCAGAGUACAAGGAGGCGGCGGCGAAGGAGAUCGACCGCUUUGUCGAUGAAGAUAUUCUGAAGACGUCUUCACAGUACUUGGCUCAUCUCGGAGAGAUCUUGUUCGUCCCCCUGCAAAAUGCCGACCCCAUCAUCGUCCUGAAGCCCAACUGGCUCUGCACGGAUGUCUUCGGCAAAGUGAUGGCUCCAGAAAACUUUCCCAUCCAACAUCUGAGAACCAUCAACGACGUCGUCACGAAAGAGGAAAUCCAGAACGUGUUCAAAGAUGUUGCCGAUGUGGAUCUCCUGACCACCCUACUGCAAGAGUUCCAGCUCUGCCACACCUAUGAUGAACAGGAGUUCAUCAUUCCCGGACUGCUGACACAGACCAUGCCUCCAGAGAACUGGCAGCCGACCGCGAACACUGCCAAGCCCGUCUACUUCGGCAAGCAAGUCCAGUGUGCGGACACCACCGACAUGUUCUCCUCCGCGUUCUUCCCCCGUGUGCAGACCCGCCUGAUGAGGGAACUGAAGAACCGCCCGCUGCUGUGGAGAGACGGAGCCAAGUGUUUCGACUCCAACGUGGAAAGUCUCAUCAAGCUCUCCCCAGACGGCCGUGCGGUCAACAUCUGCGUGCGAAGCGAGCAGGGCGACAAGCUGAGCUGCCGGCAGAUGCUCGAGAAGAUUGAGAACAUCGUCAUCAACGUGCUAGACGAGGUCAGCCCAGGCACUACUACAGAGGAGAGGCUGCUCAGCGCUCGUGCACUGAGGGAACACAGAGAAGAGAUCUACUCCUACAGCAUGGAUCAGGUCAACAAGGCCAAAGAAAAGGACGGCAAAGUCCAUCACGACAUUCUCGGCUUCUCAGAAGACGUCGAUGACCUGUGUGGUGGAGGAGACGACGAUGAAGAGGAGCAAGGAGCUGUUGGAUACUCGCACCAGGAUCCCCGCGUGUACGAGAUGCACAACCACAUCAUCAAUGCAGGCGAUGGUGCCGUCAUCAACAUGUACCAAGGUGCCGCAGGACAACUAGAACAGCUACAGUUGGAAGGGAAUGUUGGACAGCCACAGUUGGAAGGGGGUAUUGGGCAGCUACAGUUGGAAGGGGAUGUUGGACAGCCACAGUUGGAAGCAAAUUAGCCUGGUGAUCUGGAACAGACACAGUUGGCGGAGUGACUUUUCAUUCAAUCUUGUACAAAUGUUAACAAAGGCUUCCUUUCCCCUCAGUGAUCACACACUGACCCCCCCCCCAAAAAAAAAGAAAGCAAAGUUGUGUUAAUCCCACCACUUCAGGAGCAAGCUAAGUUAAGAAGAGCUCACUGAGUCCCAUUGUGUUUCAUGACAGUUUUUCGCAAGCAUUGUUCAUGCAUUACCUGGUUAUGGCGCAAACAUAUAAAUGGCUCAGCUGCAGUUGGCAGAGACCCCAGCAGGGGGUGCAUCUGUAUUACUGUCAGCAAAUAAGUUAAAGUUUUGACGUCACCCCUCCAAACAUAACCUUCUUGGUGAAGGUAAAAAAACUUCCUCUUUAUCGGUUCCCCCAACCAGAUAUUUAGGUUACUGCAAGAUAGCAUCAAAUUGGUAAAACCGUAUAUAGUUUAUAUAUUUAUACCAGUAUAAAAAUGUAAGCCAGAUGAAACGCCCAUAAACACGUAAAAAAGCCGAAGCCUAAACAACAACAGAGUACAACCAAAACUGAACCAAAAAGCAAAAAUGUUUUCGCAUUGAUGACAAAAGGACCACAUAACCUCUGGUCCAAAAUACAUCAAAUUGGUAAGAUGUAUGAUUGGUAUCAUUGACAUAAGAUUUUUUAAAGAAAAUAGAUUCUCUUUUGUAUGAUGUAACAACAAU